AUGUCUGCCAUCACUCCAAUCACAGGUACUCUAAAAAAGAGAAUCAUCGCCGACCUUACCAUCGGUUUCGCCAUUGGUGGUGUCAUGGGAGGUUACUACUGGUGGGGGUUCCACAAGGGCUUGAUCAACAAGAGAGAGGCUUUCUACGCCAACUUGGCUGCUGAAAAGGCUGCUGAGAACUAG